AUGCCUCGCGCUAGAGUCGAUCCACACAAUCGCAGGCGGGUGUUACGAGCAUGCGAUGUAUGUAGGAAGCGUAAAGAGAAAUGCGACGGCAAUUUACCUUGUGGUCACUGUCGCCUGCGUAAAAAGGACUACGACUGUCGGUACACUCCACCAUGUCCAUCCUUCAAUACCUCUUCUCGCAGCAACAUAACAAAGUCGAGGCCGAUUCUGAGCCCAUCUCAGUAUCACUUACCAGAAACACCCACAUUUGGAGACUCCACUUAUAGUGAAGUCGAUGCAUUGCUGGGUUUCGCAGCGCAUUCGGAGCAAGCUGCCGAGCCAAUUAUAGUCGACUGCGCCCCUAUACCCAAGCAAUCUCGGAUGUUGCCAGAUGCAAAGGGGAAAUUGAUCUACAUUGGACAAUCAGCCUCGUUAUCAUAUCUUCACAUCGUGCAACGGAUAGCGGCUGAUUGUGUAGGGUCAUGCACAUUCACCGAUGACCCUCAGCAACAAUACAUAAUCGAAAAAGACUUCACCGGCCAUCUCGGGAGUUGUCCCGAGCCAGAGCCAGAACUUGAACGAUCAUUAGCCCUUGCAGAGCAAUACGAGCUAGCUGUUAGCGGCGUCUUUGAUUUCUUCGACAUUUCAUAUCUUCAAUCCGCCAUUCCUCCCUGGGUUGCUGACCCCAAUCGGCGUGAUAGACCAGAAACUCCCGUGAUGUUUUUGGCUCUCGCUAUCGGCGCUCUGGGACGGGCUGCUGACGAUGAGGAUGAUGAUACUGCAGAGAAAUAUUUCAACUAUGGUCGCCAGCAAGCUGUCAUUCAUCUCAUGGAUGACCCCAGCCUUAUGACUGUGGUGGCAUUCUCCCUGAUCAGUUACUAUAUGCUUGCUUCGUGUCGGCGCAAUGGGGCGUUUACAAAUAUAGGAAUAGCCGCUCGUGCAGCAUAUGCGCUAGGGAUACACCGGCACGAGACAAACCGAGCUUUUGGUGGCGGAGCAAGAGAACGGGCUUGGAAGUCGCUUCGCGUCUGCGAUCUGUUUCUGAGUGCAUCAAUGGGGCGGCCCCCUGCAACAUCGGAAGCGGAUUGCAAUAUCCCAUGGUCGAAAUCGUUCGCCAAGAUCAAUAAUGGUGAUUAUAAAGAUGACAGAUCUGUACCGACACAGCAGGACUCCGCGAUAUUCAGAAUAUGCCUGGUUUUUGAACGCAUCCUAGUCGAAGUAUUCUCAAGAAGAGCCGUGUCACUCGACUUGGCAGGAAGCAUAUCACAACAACACCGCCAGUGGACGGAAGAACUACCAUCAAUGUUAAAGAUUGAUGGAUUGCUAAGAAAUGAUACAAGCACUAAAGCAAGCAUCCAAAAACUGGGGACUCAUAUUGUCACAAUGGCGUAUUAUUAUUCCAUCAUUUUACUUUGCCGACCAUUUCUAUCAUUUCAUGUCGGGACACGACUCAAGAAGGUUGGAAGCACUCAAGAUCCUGAGACGUAUUCGGAUUUGAUCGCAACCUAUGCAGAUGCAUGCAUCGACUCCGCCAUCAAGGGGAUAGGACUCGCUCAAGAAAUCGUCUUUGAUGAAUAUAUGCCUAAGCGCCAACCGCUCAUUAUAAAUAGCGUCUUCAUAUCUGCCCUCUGUCUGGGGCAUGCAAUUUUCGGCAAUUAUGAUCAACGCGGGUGGCCACUCAACUGUAAUCUUGACACUGCAAUUUCAAUUCUUCGAAAGCUAGGUGCCAAAAACCCACAGUCAGCUCGAUACUGUGAGAUAUGUUGCUACUUGAAGGAAGCUGUCGGGAUGUACACGCACCAAAGAGCAGACACAUUGUUGCGGUCCCCGAACUUGAAUGUGAGGACUAUGUUUGGCGAUAUCCAGGCCAUACGUCUAGUUCCUUCAGACUUAUCAACGGCCACACUUCAUAACCAAAGUACCGAGGAGCACUUCCAUCUUAACAACAGUCACGCAGCAGCAUCACCAACCAAAAAUACGUCCUAUAACGACAGCAAUGUGAACAACGUGAACAACUCUGCUGUCAUCCCACAAAACUUUAUGCCUACUCCAGAGAGCUUGAUGCAUUUGGCCGGCCUUCCUCAAGAUGACAACGACCUUGAUCCGAAUACAAGUAUGGGGCUGGGGAGCACUCCUACCAUGAAUAACUUUGCUUUCAGUGAUACCUUACCUUUGUUCUCGUUGAUCGAUGACCUGAGUCCGAGUCUGGGCGCCGACCAUAGUGUUUUACUUGGAUAUAUAUGA